GCAAUGCGCGUGCAAUCAGUAGAGAAGCGACUAUCGUCGAAACCAGUUUGACUGCCGUAGCACAAUACUUCUACUAUACAAUCUACUAUAAACUUGUUUCGCACAGUUCGGUCUUGGACGUUUUUAAUCGAUAAGAUGAGUAGACAUAGAGUGUCACUACUUCCGAAAUUAUUUUCGUAUUGGUGGGAAACUCUGGAACGGCCGCAUCAUCGCUUCCUGGAGCAGCGUGUUAUGAGGAAAUUUCAACCCGAUCACAUUUUUGGACCUUCGGUGUUUGAUAGAUUCGACAGUAAAUUCGAGAGAGAAUUGAAGAAUUUCUCUCGACCAUGGAGCGAGUUUCUGCGGGAGCACGAAAACGAAUGGCCUGUCAUAGAAAAUAACAAAAACAAUUUCCAAAUAUCUCUGGAUGUGCAAGAGUUUGAACCCGACGAAAUCAAUGUCAAAUUGAUGAACAAUUUUAUUAUCGUCGAAGGAAAACAUAAAGAGAAAAAAGCCAAAUACGGAACAAUUUCCAGACAUUUCGUGAGGAAAUAUAUGUUUCCGGAGCAAUGUGAUAUGGAAAAAAUAACGAGUAACCUUUCAUCGGACGGCGUCCUGACAAUCAAUAUGCCGAAAAAGCUGGAAACUGUAGACGACAAGAAAGAAAGAGUCAUUAAUAUCAAGCAUACUGGGAAGCCAGCAGUGGAGGAUGAAGCAGAAAUAGAAGAUGCACGGAGAUAAAAGAAAUAAUUUGUAGAGAAUACUGUAGAGAAUAUUGUAGAGCAUAUUGUUUGAACGAUAUUAUUGAUAUAUGUGAAAUAUGUAGAAAUAGUGUACAGUAAGUCGCAAAACGAUUUAGACACAAUCAGCUUCAGAGCGUACCCCGAUAGCACAGAGAAAAUUUAAAAAGAAUUCAAUCGUAUGUCACCAAUUCUGAGUUCAUUUUUUGAUGCGAAAAAAAUUCUUUUCAUUGAAUUGAACUUUGGAGAAUUCUUUUUGCAUUUGAAAAUUAACUCAGAAUUGGUGACAUACGCGACUGAAUUUUUUUUGAAUUCUUUAUGUUAUCUGGGUAAUCAAUGGUCCGAUGAGAGAAAUUAUUUUUUAAUAGUUUGUUCUCUUAUUGGAUCAUUGACUACGUUCUGAAGUUCAUUGUGUCUAAACCGUUUUGCGACCUACUGUGUACAUCAGAGCUCGGAAUUAGUUAGCCAUUUCGGCCGAUUCUCGGGAGCUACGCUUUCUACCUUCCCUUUGCCGUGAGCGGGCCACGAAAGUGAUGGUCGCGCAUAUAUAUAAUACUAAUAUAUGACGCGUAGAGCUCUCAGCGAUACCACAACACUACGGUGCAGACAAUGCUCGUCUGUCUUUUUCUGUAUCAAUAUCAGUGUUCUGCUAAGUAAACGUUUGCAUGCGUAACGUUUACCCUUCCAUCAUUGUCUAAGCCAAUAUGAUUAGACCUGACGCCUUACCGAAACUAACCUCAUACAUACACGGUUAGAAGAUAGUUUCCCGAAAAGUGGAGGGGAUAAUGUUGAUACCAAAGGAAAUCUCUACACGAUAAUUUAAAGAUUCUGUUCUUUAUAACUGCACAGCUAAAUUGGUGCAAUAAAUUGAAAUGAGGCAAU